CAUAUACCUAUAAAGGCGUUUUUUUUUUUUUUGAGCAACGCGUACAUAUAUGUAUCCGUAAAAUUUGCACAUAAAUUCGAAGAAAAGAAAGGGCCCGAAGAACCCUAAUUUCACAAAUUUGACCUCGCCCUUUCUAUUGACUGUAUAGUCUAUCCAAAUCUCCCCUCUUUCUGCAAAUUCUAUCUCAAGGAUAAACCUCUUUGGCGAAGCUUUUUCUUCUGACUUCACCCACAAAUCACAAUCUCUGCAAUUCAUCUCACCGCCUCAGAGUUUAUUGGAGUUCUAUUGUUUGUGCAAACAUGGGCUUAGUGGGAAAUUAUUGCAUGCUUAAUGCAUAGACGAUGGCAUUAGCAACACUUCAGCUGCAGGGUUCUUGUAGCAGUUUCCCUCGUGUGCCCUCAGCACGGUGCAGAGGGAGCCAACUAAAAUACCUUUUGCCCUCAGUCCCAGUCCCUCCAGUUGGGAGAAAAGAUAAAUUAAUCUCUUUAAAAUGCAAAUCAUGUUCAAGUGGAGGAGCUUCUUUUGUUCUUGGACCAAAGUCAAAAUUAUCUAAAAUAUCAGCUUUUAAAGGUGGCAGUCGACAUGAUGAUUCGGGUGGCAGAGCUAAUGACUCAAAGUCCCUAAAGAAUCCCAUUAAAGUUUCUUAUUUACAACAUGAGAGUGAAGAAUCCUUUGUGGAAUCUUCAAAUGUACAGAAUGUUGUGCCUGCCACUUAUACAGCAGAAGAUGAGACAACAACCAGGUCCUUGGCUAUACAAAAACUCUUUAAGAACUGGUUGAUGUUAUUGCGUACCCCACUAAGAACGCAACCAGUGGAAAGAGCUCUAGAAGAACCAUCUGAGGAAACCCCAGAAGAGUCAACUGCCGUGCAAAAUAAUGAAAGACGUGAAGUUUUUAAGGAGGCUUGGUGCUACUUUCUGAGUUUGGAUCCAACAAUAAAGAUACCAUUGUUAAUGUUCACACCACUGUACCUGGCAGUUAAUCUUGUAUACGGAUCAGAAGUAUCUAAAGAAUUAACUCCCCUAUGGAUUCUUGGGCCACUAGUUGCGGCUCUCUAUGUGAAGAUGCUCCGAGGAAUAUGCAGUCUCUACGUGUUCAGCUUCAUGCAAACUGUCAAAAUUGUCAAGAACCUGCCGGCCUACUGCAUGCUGGUACACGAGUACCUUUUUCGUGGUAAGCUAAAAGAAGUCAUGCAAAAAUAUAUAUGGCAACCUCUCAUUGACAUAAAAAAUAUGGACUACAAGGAGGUGACCAAGAGGAAAUUGAAGGAAAUCCAAGGGUGGUUGGUGGAGAAAUACCUGGAUUUUGUCGAAUCUAUAUGGCCCUAUUACUGCAGAACAAUCAGGUUUUUGAAGAGGGCCAAUCUAAUAUAGCUCGGGCUCCUCCUUAAGAGAUUUGUCCAAAAGGCAUGAGAUUUUUAUCUUCGCUUCCUGUGGCUUAGUUCGUUCCAUGAAGGUGAAAUAUCCACGGAGGCCUCUCCAUUGAGCCCCCUUUUGAAUUGGGGUUCUUCCCUCGACCAAUUGGAGACGUGUAGGCGGGUGAAUACUUGUAUUCAGCCUCUCCUUUUUCCCUCUGGCGGUUAGGUUGUUUUGUCUGUGGCUGAUAGUAAUGUUUUUUUUUUUUUCCUAUAUUAACACAUAUCUGAUGAUAUGAAUCUGUUUUAAAUGCACCUGAGUUUUACUAUCAGCAGUUAUAGUAAGAUCCCAUUAUUCAUUGAUAUUUCAAAUUUUGAUAAA